AUGCCCGAAAAAAUAUCCGUCCUCUUUGUCUGUCUGGGCAACAUUUGCCGCUCGACCAUGGCCGAGGGCAUCUUUCGGCACCUGGCGCAGAAGCCCGAGUGGAAGGACAAGAUUGGUCGCAUUGAUUCCUGCGGCACAGCGGCAUAUCACACGGGCGACUCGCCCGACGACCGCACCAUGGCGACGCUCGAGGAGAAUGGCAUCACAGACUACCACCACUCUGCGCGACGUUUUGCCACGUCGGACUUUGAAAAGUUUGACUACAUCUUCGCCAUGGACCGCUCCAACCUGUCCGACCUGGUGCGCUUACAGCGCGGCAACCCCGACGCCAAGGCGCGCGUCAUGCUCUUUGGCGAGUACAGCGGCGCCGGCAAGGCCGAAAUCGUAAACGAUCCGUACUAUGGCGGCGAUGCGGGCUUCAAGCGCGCUUUUGAGCAGUGCACGCGCUUUUCGCAGAACUUCUUGGCAGAGGUGGUGGACGGCGGCGGCGAGAAGACGGCGUCGCUGUAG